AUGGCCCGCACCGCCACCGCCGCCUCUGCAGCCCGCGCUCCCGGGCUCCUCCGGGCCGCGCUCCUGCUCCUGCUCCUGGUCGCUGCCUGCCGGCAAGCUGCAGCAGCGCCCGUGGCCAGAGAACUGCGCUGCCUGUGCUUGGAGAACUUGGAUAGAAUUCACCCCAAGUACAUCCAGAGUGUGAAGGUGACCUCCCCUGGACCCUACUGCGACAAAACAGAAGUCAUAGCCUCUCUCAAGAAUGGACAGGACGUUUGUCUCAACCCCGCAUCUUCCCUGGUUAAGAUGAUACUGAAGACGCUGUUAAACAAGGCCAGCACCAACUGA